AUGCAAGCAACACCUUCGAGCGGAGCUGGCGCGAAGGAAAAGUCGGCGCGUCGGGGUGAAAAGCUUCCUCCUUCCUUUUCGGACGUUUUGGAUUCGGGUUCAGGCGAUUUUCCUUGCAGCCAGCCAGCCUCUGACAGGAUCGACGGCGGCUCUCGCGGGCACGUGUGGACUUGGCUGGCAGGUAACAAUGGCUUCUCCGAACGCAAAGUGCACGACUCGGAGACCGACCGUACCGCCAGCGGAGCAUUGCUCACCAACGCCGGGUCGACACCCGCCUAG